CUUCACUUAGCCUGUCAUGGGAUUUUGAAUCAACUCGAACAACCACCUGAGUCUUCAAUGCGCGACGGGCGGUUGAUAAUCAAGAACGUCAUCCUAUCUAACUGGCAGAACUCGGCGUUUGCAUUCUUGUCGGCUUGCCAUACUACCGUGGAGCCCCGACUCGGAUGGCUGGAUCCAUGCCAUCUCACUGCGGCGAUACAAUUUUCCGGAUUUCGCAGUGUGGUUGGUUUUAUGUGG